CUCGCGCGCGCGUCAGUUGCCGCUCAGAAGUGCUGCGGAGUGGGCAGCCGAUUUUUCGAGAGAUCCACUCGAGAAACUCUCCUCUUGAUUUCUCAGAAGUAUAUUACGUUCGUCGUGUUACUGCUGCUGGCCUGUUAUUCGAGUCUACUUUUUUUGUCCUUUUUGUUUUUAUUCUUUUAAAAAAGUUUGUGUGUAAUGUAAUUUUCGUGUCUUACUGUAUGGCAAACAUUUGAUGAUUUAAAAUUUUUUUAGUUAUUCGACAAGUGUUAAGAUAAAAUACGUGUGGUACAUUAAUACCAAAGCGUGUCUUCGUUUUUUUUAUCAGGCGAGCUAUCAGAUUACAAAUAAAACUUUGACUACCAGAAAGAAGCUUAUUUUGCAGCUAUACACGGCAUGAAAUGAACGAUCACGGAAACUUCAACAAAAUUCUUAUGCAAAUACAUGUAAAUCCUGAAGUCGUAGAACAGAACACUGGAUCACGGGAGGCGAUAACAACGAAAAAUCGGCGCAAUCAUGGACGAGGAAAGAUCCUCGAGAUCAGGCCCUAUGGCCUCGCUCAAUAAUUUGUUCUCGUUCACCAGUCCAGCUGUCAAGAAACUUUUAGGUUGGAAGCAAGGUGACGAAGAUGAAAAGUGGGCUGAAAAAGCAGUAGAAUCUUUGGUAAAAAAGCUAAAAAAGAAGAAAGGUGCUUUUGAGGAGCUUGAAAGAGCUGUUAGUAAUCCAGGAACACCAAGUAAAUGUAUAACUAUCCCCAGGAGUCUUGAUGGAAGAUUACAGGUAUCACAUCGCAAAGGUCUACCUCACGUGAUCUACUGCAGAGUGUGGAGAUGGCCAGAUUUGCAAUCCCAUCACGAAUUGAAACCUCUAGAAAUGUGUCAAUAUCCAUUUUCAGCCAAACAAAAAGAGGUGUGCAUCAAUCCAUAUCAUUACAAACGUGUUGAGAGUCCAGUGCUGCCUCCUGUUCUUGUACCUAGACACUCAGAGUUUGCACCUGGCAGAUUGCCAAUGACUUUUCAGCAGCACAGUGAAUCAGCUAUGCCACAGAAUAUGUCAUACUAUUCUAAUGACUUCAACACUGGUCUGGGAAACAGUCCAAGUAGUAUGGAUGGUAGUGGUAGUUCACCAGUUUCUUCGUAUGGUUCAGUAUCAAGCCCAAUCAACACAGCAAAUAAUCAUAGCCAUAAUCCUUAUGGAGCCAAUAAUGGCCUUUCUGAAACUCCACCACCUGCUUAUUCUCCAUCAGAAGAUGGCUCUCAGUAUGGACAAUCGCCGUCACCUAAUUCUAUGAUGGCUAUGGAUAUCAGUAACAAUCAGGAUGUUGCUCCAGUGCCUUAUCAGGAACCAAGAUAUUGGGCUUCCAUUGCCUACUAUGAACUUAAUUGUCGGGUAGGCGAAGUAUUUCACUGUCAGUCACCUUCGGUCAUAGUUGAUGGUUUUACCGAUCCUCGUAAUAAUUCUGCCAGAUUUUGCUUGGGACAGUUAUCUAACGUUAAUCGUAAUUCCACGAUCGAGAACACGAGAAGACAUAUUGGGAAAGGAGUGCAACUGCAUUAUGUUGGAGGUGCUCUGUUUGCUGAGUGUAACUCUGAUUCGGCAAUUUUUGUACAGUCUAGGAAUUGUAAUCAUCAACGCGGUUUUCACUUGAGUACUGUUAUCAAGAUACCACCUACUUGCUCGCUCAAAAUCUUCGACAAUCAACUAUUUGCUGAUCUUUUAGCACAAAGUGUGUGUCAUGGUUUUGAAGCCGUCUACGAACUUACAAAGAUGUGCACAAUUAGAAUGUCUUUUGUAAAAGGAUGGGGAGCUGAGUAUCACCGCCAAGAUGUAACUUCAACACCAUGCUGGAUUGAAAUGCACUUAAAUGGACCUCUACAAUGGCUAGAUAAUGUUCUUACUCGUAUGGGUACGCCGCACAACGCCAUCAGCUCGGUUUCGUAAAAAAAACAUACCGUAUACUUACCGAGAAACUUUUGUAUACGAUGAAAAAGGAUAAUCAAGAUGCCAUAUUUACGUAGAACGAUGUAUAGCUUUUAAUUGAUGCAUAUACUUUUUUACAGUGCAAUAUUUGAUAAAAUGAGCUUAAAAUGUACUGAUUUUAAAAAGACUUGGAAUUUUUAAAACACGUAAGAUUACUUAUGUUGUGCUUAACGCUAGGAUUAACAUUUAUUUGGAUGCGUUUUGUUGCCGUACAAACAAAAUAAAAUUUGUAGUUGUUCUUUGAACAUUUCACGCCGGUAAAUACUCUCAAAUUAAAAUUUAGUUGUUGUACAGUUGAUUAGUGAAUUAUAAAGUAAUUACGUUUUUUUAGCGAAAGUUUAGAAGUCAUUAUGAAAUGUUAUUGAGAAAUCUUUAAAGAUUUGAUUGUUAUUUGUGAUAUCAAUUUGAUUAUAUAAAAAAUGUACUUGCAAUAUAUUGUAGUCUUCUAAUUGACAAUUAUUUUACAGUGACUUCUUCUGUUAGAACGUAAGUUUAACAGCGUAUAAGAGGCAAUCAGUUUAAAAUAGUACGUACACGUAUAUAAAUUAUUUUACUUAUGUACAGAAUAAACGUCAAUGGUCUCGUGCCUUGAAUAGAAUAAUAACAUAUCGAUAAUAAUUUUAAGCGGACGUUCGAUAUAUUUUUACAGAUAUACGAAUAUCUAUACAUUGAAAAUUUCGAAAAAGAAUUAAAAAAAUAUUAAUUAUGGACUUUGUUAUAAUUAUAUUUGUAAGAGAUUUUUUUUUUCAUUGAGA